GAUCCCUCGUCUCCUUUGCCCGCUCCUCAGUUGCUCGAUCCCACCCCGCCCUACCAAGACCACCAACCACAGGGGAAAAAAAGAGGAUGAGAAGAAGCGAGGAAGAGGAGUGAGAAGAGAGGAGAGGAAUAGAAUCACAAAAAUUCUCCUCCAUCUCGCCGACUACGUCCGUUCCGAAGCUGCUCUAGUCCUAGAGGAGCAGGAAGAGAUGGACAUCUUAAUCGCCCAGAUCCAGGCGGAUCUCCGGUCGAACGACGCCCUCCGGCAGUCGGGCGCCCUGCUCCAGGCCCUCCAGCAGUCGGCCGCCGGACGCGACGUGUCCGCCGUGGCCAAGUCCGUGUGCGAGGAGAUCGUGGCCUCCCCGGCCUCUGCCGUCUGCAAGAAGCUCGCCUUCGACCUCCUCCGCUGCACCCGCCUCACCCCGGACCUCUGGGACACCGUCCUCUCCGGCGUCCGCUCCGACCUCGCCUUCCCCGACCCCGACGUCGCCGCCGCCGCCCUCUCCGUCCUCUCCGCCGUGCCCCCCCACCUCCUCGCCCGCCUCGUCCACGACGCCCACCGCGAGAUCGCUGCAUGCUUCGACUCCCCCGCGGACUCUCUCCGCCUCGCCGCCGCCGACGCCCUCGGAUGCGUCCUCGCCCGCGACGACAUCGUCCUCCUCUGCGACGCCUCCCCCGCCCUUCUCGACCGCGUCUCCGCCUGGUGGCGCCGCAUCGCCGCCGCCGCCCUCGACCGCUCCGAUGCCGUCGCCCGCGCCGCCUUCGACUCCCUCGCCCGCCUCUUCCAGGAGUUCGAGUCCAGGCGCAUGUCCCGCCUCGCCGGCGACAAGCUCAUCGACACCGAGAACUCCCUCGCCAUCCGCUCCAACUGGAUCGUCGCCGCCGUCGACGUCAUUUGGCUUCAGCGCAACGCCCUCAUGUCCCGCUCCCUCGUCCUCCCCAUCGAGAGCUUCCGCGCCACCGUCUUCCCCCUCGUCUACGCCGCCAAGACCGUCGCUUCCGGCGCCGUCGACGUCUUCCGCAAGCUCGCCAAGAAUGCACCCCCGCCUGACUCCUCCUCCUCGGCCGAGAAGCUCGUCGGAAUCUCCGACGUGGUCUCGCACCUCCUGCCGUUCUUGAGCUCGCUCGAUCCGCCGCUUGUCUUCGAGGUCGGGAUCAACAUGCUGUCGCUGGCUGACGUCCCCGGAGGGAAGCCGGAGUGGGCUUCGGCAUCAAUCAUCGCGAUCCUCACUCUCUGGGACCGCCAGGAGUUCUCAUCUGCCAGAGAAAGCAUCGUGAGGGCCGUCGUCACGAAUCUCCACCUUCUAGAUCUCAGUAUGCAGGUGUCAUUAUUCAAGAGAUUGCUCCUCAUGGUGAGAAAUUUGAGGGCGGAGUCGGACCGCAUGCAUGCUCUGGCAUGCAUUUGCAGAACGGCUCUUUGUGUCGAUCUUUUUGCAAAGGAAAGUGUCCGAAGAGGUCAGAAACCUCUACCUGGGACGGAUGUUACUUCACUUUUUGAGGAUGUGAGGAUAAAGGAUGACUUGAAUAGUAUAACGAGCAAAAGCUUGUUCAGGGAGGAGCUAGUUGCUUCAUUGGUGGAGAGUUGUUUCCAGUUAUCGCUUCCGCUGCCUGAGCAAAAGAAUUCUGGUACCGAGAGCAGAGUCAUUGGAGCUUUGGCCUAUGGAACUGGUUAUGGGGCAUUGAAUUGGACGGAAUCAGCAUUGGAGGUUGUGGAGGUUUGUAGGCCUUGUGUUUUAUGGGACUGUGAUGGCCGGACUUAUGCCAUAGAUUGUUAUUUGAAGUUGCUUGUCAGGCUUUGUCGCAUCUAUGACACAAGAGGAGGUGUAAAGAGGAUCAAAGAUGGUGCUUCUCAGGACCAGAUUCUGAAUGAGACGAGGUUACGGAAUUUGCAACUGCAGCUUAUCAAAGAUCUUCGCGAGGUACACACACCAAGAAUAGGUGCACGCCUCAUCUGGGCUAUAGCUGAGCAAUUUGAUCUGGAAGGUUUGGAUCCACUUCUAGCUGAUGACCCAGAGGAUCCACUGAACAUUAUUAUAUCAAAUAUGCACAAGGUGUUGUUCAACACAGAUACAUCUGCAUCUACCACAAAUAGGCUUCAAGAUGUGCAAGCUGUCCUUAUAUGUGCACAACGCUUAGGAUCACGCAAUCCCAGAGCAGGCCAGCUUCUAAUUAAAGAACUUGAAGAUUUUAGAAAUAGUAACUUAGCCGAUUCCGUGAAUAAGCAUCAAUGCCGCUAUAUCUUGCAGAUAAUCAAAUAUGUCACUAGCCAUACAGAGAGCAGAUGGGCAGGUGUAGGUGAAACUACAGGAGAUUACCCAUUUAGUCACCACAAGCUCACGGUUCAAUAUUCUGAAGCAUCUGCAGCACAAGAUAGAAAAUUGGAAGGAUUAGUUCAUAAGGCCAUUCAUGAGCUCUGGAGGUCAGAUCCCAGUGAAUUGAGCCUUCUACUGACAAAAGGCAUAGAUUCUACUUAUCGUAAAGUGCCUCCAAAAACAAUUACCCUGACUGGUAGCAGUGAUCCAUGUUAUGUUGAAGCAUACCACUUGGCAGACUCAACAGAUGGGAGGGUUACUCUACAUUUAAAGAUUUUAAAUUUGACUGAACUAGAACUUAAUAGGGUGGAUAUUCGGGUUGGAUUAUCUGGAGCUUUGUAUUUUAUGGAUGCAUCUCCUCAAGCAGUUCGGCAGCUGCGCAGUCUUGUCUCCCAGGAUCCUGUCCACAGUAGUGUGACUGUGGGUGUUUCACACUUUGAGAGAUGUGCUCUUUGGGUUCAAGUAAUAUAUUAUCCAUUUUUUGGAAGCAGUGGCACUGGAGACUAUGAAGGUGACUAUGCAGAAGAAGAUGCUCAAAUCAUGAGACAGAAGCGUACUUUAAAACCAGAACUGGGAGAGCCAGUGAUUCUGAGAUGUCAACCAUAUAAGAUUCCAUUGACCGAGCUUCUUUUGCCACAUAAAUCCUCUCCUGUUGAGUUUUUUCGCCUGUGGCCAAGUUUACCAGCUAUAUUGGAGUACACAGGCACAUAUACUUAUGAAGGAAGCGGUUUCAAGGCAACUGCUGCUCAGCAAUAUGAUUCCUCACCAUUCCUCAGUGGACUGAAGUCACUCUCAUCGAAGCCGUUCCAUCAAGUUUGCUCCCACUUCAUUCGUACGGUAGCAGGGUUUCAAAUAUGCUAUGCUGCAAAAACUUGGUAUGGUGGCUUCCUAGGGAUGAUGAUUUUUGGUGCCAGUGAGGUGAGCAGAAAUGUGGAUCUUGGAGAUGAGACAACCACCAUGAUGUGCAAAUUUGUAGUCCGUGCUUCUGAUGCAUCAAUCACAAAGCAAAUAGAAUCAGACAUACAGGGAUGGUUAGAUGACAUUACAGAUGGGGGUGUAGAGUAUAUGCCAGAAGAUGAGGUGAAGAUUGCUGCAGCAGAGAGGCUAAGAAUCUCGAUGGAACGUAUAGCCCUGCUCAAAGCAGCCAAACCAAAGCCACAGCCGCCAAAAGUUGAAGAGGAAAAAGUGGAAGAUGAAGAAGGAAAGAAGAAAGAAAAUGUUGAUGAAAAUGGUCAACCCAAGGAGCCUUCAACCCUGUCAACUCUUACAGCCGAAGAAGCAGAGCACCGUGCUCUUCAAGCUGCAGUGCUGCAGGAGUGGCAUAUGUUGUGCAAGGAGAAGGCUAUCAAAGUUUAGCCUUAUGAUUUUGGAUAUUCAUUGUACCUUAUGUGGUCUAACGUUGAUUGACCACGGCUUUUUUAAUUUCAUCUAGCUAGGUAGGUCAACGUUCCAACUGCGCAUUGUUGAUUUGUUCAGCGUGAGGUUAAUAGCGUGCAGGGAUUUUUUUGUUGUUGUUGUGAGCCAUGUUUGUUAUUCGCCACUGUUUAAAGACUCCCCAGCAUGGUAGUUAAAAGGGUGUAUUCACCGUUGCUUCCAGUUCAA